AUGGAACGCACCCUCAAGCUUUUCAGGCUUGAGGACAUGCUCGUCAGCGACCUGAAAAUCAACAGCAAAGGUAAAGCUGUCCAGAUCCCCCACAAGCUGAACAAAGCCUUGGGCAAGACCAGCACCGCUCAAGGAGCCUUUUCGGACACCAACUAUGGUGUGGCGACAAGGGGCUACAUGAAGUCAAUCAAUUGCCUCGACGAGUCGGUCCUCCAGGACAUCUGGGAAUGUGCGAAGGAAAUCGCUUCGAAGAGGUGCCGCGCGGCCCCCAUUCUGGUUGAUGAUUCUGACGAUGAGCGUGCGCUCAUUUUCGAUAACUGGUACUGUCUUUUUCUGUCGUAG